UAUGUAGCUUUGCCUAACUUUGCCUCCAGAGUGCUGGGAUGAAAAGUGUAUGCCACCUUUUCUGGACAGCCAGAACUGUUACACAGAAACCCUGUCCCCAAAAGAAAAAAAAAAAAGUAUAUGCCACCAUAUCUAGUUAACCCCUCACUUUCUUGAACUGGCUCCAUCCAGGGAUUCAGGUUUUCCCCAGAAUUUCUGCUUCCUGAGAUGGUUGGUCCUGAAUCUGCUUCAUCCCAUCCCAGUGGUCACAGAGCAUCCCUGUCCCAAUGCCUUGCUUCUGUUCACUUUCCUACCUGGUACAAGGAGGUCCCAAGCCCUCUAUCUGUCUUCACCCUCUGACACACCUUCAUCCCUCCUCCCAUUUCUUCUGAUCUUCCUUUGGCUUCUCAGCACCUACUAGAGGCAAGAUUUGCUCCUAUGGCCAGCCCUGGGCAGCCUGGGCCUGGGGAGGGCCAGGAGGAAGAGGAGACGAAGGGAAUCUCAGCAGGGCACCGUCCAGAGGUGCUGCAGCAGGCCCAGGAGCUCUUUCUACUGUGUGACAAGGAUGCUAAAGGCUUCAUCACUAGGCAGGACUUGCAGGGCCUGCAGAGUGAUCUUCCCCUAACGCCUGAGCAGCUGGAGGCUGUGUUUGAAAGUCUGGACCAGGCCCACACUGGCUUCCUCACAGCCCGGGAGUUCUGUCUUGGCCUGGGAAAGUUUGUGGGGGUGGAGUCGGCCCAAGGUGGGUCCUCCUUGAGGACUCCUGAGGAAACCUUUGAGUCAAGCACAGGGGGCUCUCUGGAGGAGGACGACGAUGUUGAGACAUUCUGCACUUCCUUAGAGAAGCUGGGAGUGGCCCGGGUCCUGGGCGAGCAAUGGGCUGUUAGGACACUCUGGGUCCGGCUGCAGCGCGAGCGACCCGAGCUGCUGGGCGCUCUGGAGGAAGUUUUGAUGCGCGCAUCGGCCUGCCUGGAGGCGGCGGCCCGGGAACGCGACGGUUUGGAGCAGGCACUGCGGCGGCGAGAGAGUGAGCACGAGAGGGAAGUGCGCGGACUCUACGAAGAGCUGGAGCAGCAGCUGGGGGAGCAGCGACACCGCUGCCAGAGCCAGAAACUACUGCCCCGGGAGGAACAGAGGGGCCACCUGGAGCUGGAGCUGCAGACCCGCGAGCAGGAGCUGGAGCGUGCAGGCCUGCGGCAGCGGGAGAGAUGUGGUUGCUGUCUCCAGGAACAUGCAGAAGGAGAAACUCAGUCUCCUAAGGCAGCUGGAGCUGCUGAGGUGGGUCAGGCCUACCUGGGCUGUGUGGAGAAGUGGUUUCAAGUUCCCGAAUAGUCUUGGCUCUCACCAUCUUGCCAUGUAGCCUUCAUGCUGCACUCUCUGCAGUCCUCCGGACUCAGGAGAGCCAGCCCAUCUUCCCGAUGCACUGCUUCCUCUAGAUCUUUAAUUAACCUCCACAGUCUCAAACUCUUCCUCUCUAGGGAGCUGAAUCUGCGACUUCGAGAUGAGAGAGACGCCUGUGAGACUAAGCUGCUGGGGAGUAGCCAUAGGAAGGCUCUAGCGAUUGCCCACAAGCCUGGACCUACCUACUGCUGCUGCUGCUGUGGCUGGGCUCGGCCCCCGAGACGAGGCUCUGGCCAUCUUCCUAGUGCCCGAUGACCAGCCCCAAAUGACUCACCGACUCACAGGGCCUUCCUUAUUUAGAAGGGGACUGGUGGUGGGUGGCGGCUGCCUGUUAGGUAUGUGGCUCUAGCCAGAAAGCAUCAGCUACCUGAAGGAACUAAGCUCUGAAUGAUCAAAGUCUUCCGUCUUCAUAUCUGUUUAGUAGACCAAUAAAGGUCACUGGCCUCUG